AACUGUCCGCUGUUCCAGUCUACAGGAGCGAGGGGUCAGCGAGGAGCUCUACUGAACGAGUGAUAGUGUGAACGUGGGCGUGCUCGCGUGUACUCGUGACGGCCCUUUUGCUUACUUCGAAGUCCAAUCCCUCAGUGGCGAUGUUCAGCGUUCACGAGAAAGCAAGAGCUCGUCGUAACGAUCUCUGAGAGAUCCUGCACUCGAGAAAGGGUGGAAGGAAAUGUUAGAUGUUGCAGUGGCUCACAACUUGAUAAAGAAUACCCAGGGUGCUGUUGGUUGGAAACAGAGUUCAGUGGAUGACUUUUCUGCUCCGUUGAAUUUUCAUGGCAACUCAGACAAAUUAAAGAACCUGAAUGCUGCUGAACUACUAAAAGCCUCAGGAGUUAACUUUACUCAAGACUCAGCUCACCUCUGGCACCUGACACCCAACUCUGCCAUAGCCAGCAGAUCCGCCAGCCUAAUGUCUAGCAUGUCUGCCUAUGGGCAGACCCCUUAUGGUAGCGGCAUCCAGCAACCUCCCUCGUAUGUACCGUACCCCCACCAUGGCCAGGGAUAUGGAGUUCCAUCAUAUGGUAUAAAGACAGAGGACAGUCACUCUCCAGGUCAGGGUGGUGUUCUCAGCUACACCUCCCAUUUUGACAGCUCUGCUUCUGGACAAGCGCUUUAUGGCUACCCCACUCAUGGUAGCAGUAUUACAUCUGGAAUCUUCCAGGGGACUAAUGGAAUUGGCAGCCCAGGGGUUUUCAGCCCCUCACAGCAGGAAUUCUCCUCUUACUCUGGUUUCAGCCAGGGCCAGUAUUCUCCAUAUUACAGCUCCCACUACAGUGCCUCCUACCUCAUGACCAGCCCCUCAGCUGUCCCUACUUCAGCAUCUUACCAGCACCCUGAACAGCCUUCAGUCAUCACAAACCAGAGCCCUGAGUCACUAGGAGGAGAGUUCCAACCUCCAGCAAGUCCCUCCACUCCAGGAAAGGAUCAGGACAUGGCCCAGUCAAGACGUGGGUCUGAUGGGAAGUUACGGGGACGGAAAAGAAUAUGUGACCCAGCACCCAGUUUGGAUUCUGAAAUUGAGCGUGUUUUUGUUUGGGACCUGGAUGAGACCAUCAUCAUCUUCCACUCUUUGUUGACGGGGACCUUUGCUUCUCGCUUCAGUAAGGAAUCAGCAAAGGCCGUGUCACUUGGACUAUGGAUGGAAGAAAUGAUCUUUAAUCUUGCAGACACGCGGCUGUUCUUCAAUGACCUGGAGGAAUGUGAUCAAGUUCACAUUGAUGAUGUAGCAUCAGAUGAUAAUGGCCAAGAUUUAAGCACCUACAAUUUUGCUACCGAUGGCUUUCAGAGUCCCUCAAGUGGUUCGACCCUUUGCUUAGGUUCAGGGGUUCACGGUGGAGUUGACUGGAUGAGGAAGUUAGCUUUUCGAUAUCGACGGGUCAAGGAGAUAUACAAUACCUACAAGAACAAUGUUGGAGGACUCUUAGGAAGCCCAAAAAGAGAGGAGUGGCUGCAGUUAAGAAGAGACAUGGAAGUUCUGACCGACCUGUGGCUGACAAAUGCAUUGAAAGCCUUGUCUCUCAUUAAUUCCAGGCCCAACUGCAUCAAUGUAUUAGUGACCACUACUCAGUUGAUUCCAGCAAUUUCAAAAAUCCUGCUGUACGGAUUAGGCUCAUCUUUUCCUAUUGAGAAUAUCUACAGUGCCACAAAGACAGGGAAAGACAGCUGUUUUGAACGUGUGACUCAGAGAUUUGGACGACGAGUGGUCUACGUAGUGAUAGGAGAUGGUGUUGAAGAGGAAUCUGCUGCCAAAAAGAGGAAUAUGCCUUUCUGGAGGGUAUCAUGCCGAGCUGACCUGGAGGCUCUUAGCCAUGCUCUGGAGCUGGAAUACCUUUAGAGUGCAUCUUCUCUUUGUCCUUGGGGCCCGGCGGGACUGGGUGGACCUCAUUCUGUCAAUGUGUGCUCACAAGAGCAUUUUUGAACUUCGGUGGCAAAAAAGAAGAAUCUGGUCUUUUCAAAAGCUUGUAUUCUUUGAGAUCAAUGUUGAAGGAAUUUAAUUAGAACAUUUUCCAGUAUCGUGAUGUUACAGCAUAUGCAAUAUAAGGAGCUCUGUGGGUUUUCAAGUCAUUAAGUUCAUUUGUGAAGACACUGUAAGCCAGAGUAUAUUGCAGUGGGAAGGGGUCUGCUGCAGAUACGACUCUGGCAAGUGGGAGCAGAGCAUCUUUCUACAAUCCAGGGCAGUGCUUCUGCAGACUGAACGGUAAAACGGAUCUAUACCAAAAACUGAUGACAGAAACAACAGGAUCCUCAGAGUAAGCCAUCUGGAUUAAUUUGCUGUUAUUGGGACAGUCAGUUUGUCUUUCCAGUUUUUAACAGCCUGGCCGGGGCCUCAAAGGAAAGAGCAUAUGACUUAAUUUAAGUUUUUGGGUUUUGGUGAGGUCCAAGUUUGACUUUCUUUUUUAAAACUUCACCAAAGAAAACUGUACAAAGCACUGACAAGUCUUUGGGGAAGUGAUGGUUAAAACUGAUUGUAAGUUAUAUUGUAAUAGCCUAAUUUAAAAAAAGCAGAAUUAUAGUCUCUGAGGCAAAUGUCUCAGUAGGUUUUCUUCUUUGAUUGGUUCCAGAUGUUUUGUAUCUGUCCAAAACAAAACAAUGGGCAACUUUCAAAUGAAACUUCUCUGGAAAUUCAGUAAUCUAGAAAUGAGAUUGUCUUACCUGAUCAAAUAAAAGUUCAAGUGAAACAAAGGAA